AUGUCAGCUGCCAGCUUAUUGUCUUCAUUGAAAGAGAAACCGACCGACGAAAGUCUCAAGAAUGGCUCUGACCAAACAGGCGAGGAGGCGCGCGGCGGCGGGGUGUGUGCGGGCGCGGGCGCGGGCGCUGCGGACCCCGCCGUGCUGGCGGUGGGGCCGGCGCGGCGGCCGCUCGUGUACUCGCGCGACACGCUGCUGCGGCUGCGGCACUCGCCCCUCGUCAAGCAGGGCCUCGAGCACGCCUUCAAGGGCUGCGAGGCGCUCGCGCUUGUACUUAAGAAAAGAUCUGACUCACCGAAUGAAGACGACAGAGGGGCUAAGGGGGAUGCUCCUAGUGAAAACCAUAAGGGUGGCGGGGGCGGAGGCGGUGGGCGCGAGCGGCGCGCGGCGGACCCGCGCGAGCGCGUGCGGCGCGAAAGCGAGGGCAGCGGCAUCGUGCUGUCGCCGCAGCGCCGUUCCUUCACGUCGGGCUGCGGAGCGCCCGCGCCCCCGCCGCCGCCCGCGCGCCAGGACUCGCCGCCGCACGCGACUGCGCCCGCGCCCGCGCCCGCGCCCGCGCACGCGCACGCACACGUCAAGACCGAGCAGGUGGGGCGCCGCAUCGGAUCUGGGCGCAUCAUGGUGCGCGAGGCGGGCGGCUGGGACGAGGCGGAGUUCCGCGAGCCCUACCGCGCGCCGCGUGACCGCCCGCCCGCGCCUGCCGCGCCCACCACCGGUGACAGGCUUGAGCGGCGGUCGUUUAACCGCGACUCGUUCAUGUCGGAUAUGAAGAGGGAGCGGGACGACAGAUUCAACAGCGACAAGCCGCGGGACAGCAACGAGCGUGUGCGUAGAGAAGACAGAGACAGCCGGAGGUCGGGAGGGCGCUACUCGCAGCGACGCUACGACAAGGAGGAGGAGCCCGAGUGGUUCAGUGGAGGUCCGACGUCGCAGCUGGAGACGAUCGAGCUGCGAGGCUUCGAUGAUCCGCCUAAGAAGAACGGUAGCGCUACCAGCAAAGAGACCGAGAAGUGGAGCGGUAGCGGAGACGGCAGUACGGGCGGGGCUGCGAAACGUGCGGAAGCUGAAGCGGAAGCGGAGGUGACUGCACCCGCUCAGGACGAUUCCACCGCCACCACUGACAAGGAUUCAGGUGUGGAUUCAAAGACUGAAGAGAUCCUGCAUAAUAAUGAACAGCCUGACUUUAACCUUGAUGAGUUCCUCAAAUUUGACUCCAUUCCAGACGUGCUUACAAACGGCGGCAGCGGAGGUGCGGAAGGUGGCAGCCAGCAGCACAGCCGCUUCAGCCAGUGGUUCCGGCGCGACAGCCCCGACACGCACCACUACGAUGCCAUGCUGCACCACGUGCUCGACGAGAGCGAUUCUGGUGUGGAGUCGCGGCAUGGGUUCGCGCCGAUCUCUCCGCCUGCUCCGCACCAGCAGCACCAGCAACCCCAGCAGCCUCACCAGCCGCAGCAGCCCCAACAGCCCCAGCAGCCGCACCAGCCGUUCUCGUUACUCGAUCUCAUGUUCCGCAGCAACCACAAAACUAGAGAAGCGAGUGCGGGUGCAGGGGCAGGGUCGGGGUCGGGCGGCAAGAUGCACAGCCUGGAGGAGCUGGAGGCGCGCCUGCGCCCGCAGUCUUCUGCCUCGCACCACGGCGUCUCGGAACAUGACCUCACCGCCUUCAAACGACUCCUGGCGCAAGUAUCCGGCGGGCAGGCGGUGGCGGCGGAGUCACGAGCCCCCGCGCCGCCCCCGCACCCUACGCAGCCCGCGCCCCCGCAGCAUGCGCAACCACCGCACCAGCACCAGCCCCCGCAGCCCAUGAGCUUGCUGCAGAUGCUGAGCAAAAGCAUGGAACAGCAGCAGCAACAACAACAGCAGCAGCAGCAGCAGCAGCAAAAGGCGCAGCAACAGCAGCAGCAGCAGCAGCCCCCGCACAUUCCCCAGGAGCUCCUAUACAAGCUUCUGCAAGUGCAGCAGCGGCAGCAGCAGCAACAGCAGCAACAACAGCAGCAGCAGCAAGUGGGCGAGCUAAGUGCAGCGCUGGGCGUGGGACACUCGGCCGCGGACCGCGAGCUGCUGCAGCGCCCAGAAGCACAAGCCAUCAUACACGGGUUAAAGGCGGGCGAGAUCACAGUACAGCACGUGCUGCAGCAGCUGGGUAACCCGGGGCUGCAGAGCCGCCACCGCGAGCUGCUGCUCACGGUGCUGCGCUUGCACCAGCACCACCACCAUCACCAGCAGCACCACCAGCAACAGCGUCAGCAACAGAUGGGCGGGUCCCCACUGCCGGGCGCGCACCUGGCGCUGCCGCAGCAGCAGCCGUUGCGCCUCUCCCCUCUGCCACACCCCGCUUUCUGUGUGUCUCCGAUAAUGGCUACGAGCCCCAACACUCUGGCGGUGCACCAUCCAGGUGUGGCGGGGGUGACGGGCGUGGCAGCGGUGCCGGGCGUGCCGGGACGCAUCCCGUCGCCGCGCGAGCUGGCCGCGCACACGCAGAGCAUCAUGCAGGGCGCGCUCAUCAAGAAGAAGCUGGAGGAGCAGCGCGAGAACUUCCGGCGGCGCCACGAGCUGCAGCCCAAGCACGGCGCGCCGCACGCGCAGCCCGCGCAGCUGCCGCAGCACGCGCAGCACACGCCCAUCUCCUUCACGCCCACCUCGGUUUUACGUAAAAUGACAGCAGACAAGGAAUCAGACACACUUAGUCCGAAGCAGCAACAAUGGUCUCAGCCUUUAAAGAUGCCUCAGGGACGGCCAAUUGUUAAGGGCAACCAGAGCGGAGCUCCACCUUCAAUCGGCUUCGCGCAGUCGCCAGAUUACCAGCAGCAUUAUAUGAACCAACAGCAGCAAAUGGCGGGAGCAGGCCGCUCGUACCCCAUCCUACCCAACCCCCACCCGCAGCAGAGACAGCAAAUGCCCAACUCUUACAGCGGUGCAGGAGGUACCCGUGGCAGUGGCAGCACGCUGCAACAGCUGCUCAUGCACUCGCACCACCGCAGCCUCAAUGAGGCUGGCGGCGGGGCUGCUGCGGGCGGCGACAACCAGCUGGCGCGCUGGUUCUCGCCCGAGCUGCUGGCGCGCGCGUCGGCCGGCAAGCUGCCCUCCGUGCACGUGCCCAACGCGCUCUCGCUCGAGGACCUGGAGCGGCACCACCACGCGCCGCCCGUGCGCAACUGA